AUGUCCGACCUAGGAAACUUGUCAUAUUUUCAAGGAGUGGAGUUCAUAGACACAGGUGAAAGAGUGUUCUUGCACCAAAAGAAGUAUGUCCAAUACAUCUUGAAAAGGUUCAUAAUGAGCAAUUGUGAAACAGUUGCAACGCCAUUAAAAACUAGAACAAAGUUGAAGAAGGAGACACAUGAUGAGUUUGUAAGUGCAACAUUGUACAAACGAAUAUUUGGAUCCUUGAAGUAUCUAUGCAAUACCAUACUAUAUAUCUAUCAAAGUGUUGGGCUAUUGAACAGAUUCAUGGAGAAACCCCAAGAAUGUCUUCUCAUAGCAAUUAAGAGGGUGUCGAGAUACAUAAAGGGUAUGAUUGAUCAUGGUGUGUUGAUGUCGAGACAAAAGAAGACAAGCACAGAUGUAAAAGGAUAUGGUUACACUGAUUCAGAUUUUAGCGGAGAUCAAGACGAGAAGAAGAGUAUUGCAUUCUACAUAUUCAUGAUCAAAGGUGCUCUAAUCUUUUGUAGCUCAGGGAAAUAA